AGAUUGAUCGUGUCGUACGAUUAAAGUUCCCACAGCAUGCUUUGAUAGUGUUGGACGUAAUCUGUCAACCGUUUGUCAGCGGUGACGCGGGCUGCACUACACACGGAGACGUGAUUGUAUCGGGCUUGUGGUCCGUGCUUGCUGCAAGGUUUUUCGGUGGCGAUAAUCUAAGAACACAUUUCACUCAACGUGCCCGCACACCAGUGUUUGAUUCAAUUUCACGCUUGAAGCGUCGCUAAACCUGCAACAGACAACCAGACCCAGGGGGUUGAGCGUUUAUCUUUCCAGAAUGAAUAACGAAGAGUUGGUGCUCAGCAAUGAGUCCGGAUUUCAAGGAGAUUGGAAAACCAUCUACCACCGGGACGCGCUGCUCUGGGCAUCGCACGAAUACGACACCGACUCCAUCAUGAAGCCGCUGGCACAGAUGGUCAUUUGUCUCGCAAACCAAUUCAAUCUCUCACCAACGAUAGAGUUCACCACGAUCGAUACGCUGGAGCUGCUGCUGGUACGCGCCUUCCAGAGCUGGAUGCAAUCGCCGGUCACUUUCCCGGACACGGUCGAGCAGCAGAAAGACGCCUUUCUGCGGCAACUUCCGAUGUACGUGGUGGCAGUGUUUGACAUCGUCGCCAAGUACAGCAACCUCGGAUCAAAGCUGGACCUGGCGGCUAUGAAGCGAGCAGCCAAGGUGAGCGUUGCCAUCGAUACGAACAUGCUUACGGUGGAGUUCGAAGUUAUAAAGAUUUUGGACAGCGAGCUACGAUCGUCACUGUUGCUGGGUGCAUUCGAACGGUUCUCCAAGCAGUACCUGCUGCCGCUAAACAUUGAAAGCAAGGAAACGAUUGCGAGUAUUGGAGUCAGGCUGCUCCGGGUGGCCGUCGCUGAAAGAGCGCUCAUCUAUGACAGCCUGAAGACAUCCAUGAAGGAUAUGGAGUGCUUUCGCCGCUUCAAGUCCAACAAACUGAUACUGGCGGGCGCUAUCAUCCUCACCGUGCUGUACCUAAUACCAGCGGCGCGGCACAGCAGCGUGCUGCUCAACCAAGUCGCCGUACCGCUCGCUGACGACUGCUGCGUACAGUCCACGAAUCUGAUCUACCUGCGCGAUGCAAUAUUGCGUGUCAUUGGUGGCCACUGAGCAAAACCAUCGAGCAAAGAGCCAUUCGCCCGGGAAGCCUUUUUCUCCGGAGUCGUUGGCCGCCGUACCGAUCGUGCUGCCGGCGCAGUUGGUUCGCAUUCGAUGUAAAUUAAAUCAGAUCAGACGAUGUAAAUAUUCAUAACAUAUUUGUGGCGUUGAGUUUGUUCGACUUUCCUGCAACAGCUGGCUCGAAUGCGGAGAUCGUGCGAGCGAUGUAGAGAGGCCCUUUUGUGACAGGUGGUGCAUUGGAGUGAUGGCUAAAUCCAGACGGAUCUCCAACGUCAAAAACGAUUGAAUUGUCAGGUGUGGGAGAGCUCGUGUGUUCGACCUUACGAUGUUUUUUCGUUCUAUCCUCAAGCGCAUUUGACACCAGAAUCGAUAGGCUCGUUGUGUUUG